AACGGGGAUUUAAUUUGUAUUGCAUUGAAAGGCAUGAAGACGCUGUGGUUGUUGCUUCAUUGCUUCACCUCUCAUCCAUGCAAUGAUUCAUUCCAUUCAUCGUAAACAUUAAACCUUUGACUCCAAAUGCUUCUGCUUUGGUUCUCACGAAACAUUUCCUCUUACCCUAACCGAUCCCUUCUUUCUGCACCCAAUCCACAAUCUCCAUCUCUUUCUCUCUCUUCCACCAUUGCCAUUCAUCUCCUUCACUACAACACCGUUCCCUUACCACGUCCACACCACAAACAAAUCCAACAAACAAACAAAGAACCCGUUAUUUCUGCCAUCAAAUCUGUUUCCCGUAAGACCGAUUUGCUCCAAAUUCACGCUCACAUUCUACUCUCAACCCUAAUUCAAGACCCCGCAGUCUCUCUUCAGUUCUUGUCCCGUGUAGCUCUCUCUGGUCCAUUGCAAGAUGCCAACUAUUCCCACCGUUUCUUUGAGCAACUCAACUACCCUUUGGCUUCCCAUUACAACACUAUGAUCAGGGCCUAUUCCAUGAGCGAUUCACCUCAAAAGGGUCUACUUUUAUAUCGAGAUAUGAGAAGACAAGGCAUUUUUGCCAACCCUUUAUCGUCUUCCUUUGCUGUUAAGUCCUGUAUCAGGUUUCUGUAUCUUCUUGGGGGGGUUCAGGUUCAUUGCAACGUCUUCAAAGAUGGGCACCAAUCAGAUACCCUUUUGCUCACCUCUGUUAUGGAUUUGUAUUCACAAUGCCAAAGAGGUGGUGAUGCGUGUAAGGUGUUUGAUGAAAUGCCUCAGAGGGACACUGUUGCUUGGAAUGUGAUGAUCUCUUGCUGUAUUCGGAAUAAUCGAACCCGGGAUGCUUUAAGUUUGUUUGAUGUUAUGCAGAGUUCGAGCUAUAAAUGUGUGCCUGAUGAUGUUACUUGUUUACUUCUUCUUCAGGCUUGUGCUCAUUUGAAUGCCUUGGAGUUUGGGGAACGAAUUCAUGGCUAUAUUAUGGAACGGGGUUAUGGGGGUGCUCUCAAUUUGUCUAAUUCUCUCGUAUCUAUGUAUUCACGGUGUGGAUGUUUAGAUAAGGCUUAUGAGGUGUUUAAGGGAACGGUGAAUAAAAAUGUGGUUUCAUGGAGUGCAAUGAUCUCUGGUUUGGCAAUGAAUGGAUAUGGAAGAGAAGCUAUUGAAGUAUUUGAAGAGAUGUUGAGAAUUGGCUUUCGGCCUGAUGAUCAGACAUUCACUGUUGUGCUUUCUGCUUGCAGUCAUUCUGGAUUGAUCGAUGAGGGAAUGUCAGUUUUUGAUCGUAUGAGCAGAGAGUUUGGAAUAACUCCCAAUGUUCAUCAUUAUGGGUGUAUGGUUGAUCUCUUUGGCCGUGCUGGCUUACUUGAUAAGGCUUAUGAGCUCGUUAUAUCAAUGGUGGUAAAGCCAGAUUCCACAGUAUGGAGGACUUUGCUUGGGGCUUGCAGAAUUCAUGGUCAUGUUACACUUGGUGAACGAGUGAUUGGACAUUUGAUUGAAUUGAAAGCUCAAGAAGCUGGGGAUUAUGUUUUGCUCCUAAAUAUUUAUUCUUCAGCUGGACAUUGGGAAAAGGUAGCUGAAGUGAGAAAACUAAUGAAAGAUAAAGCAAUCCAAACCACACCUGGCUGUAGCACAAUUGAAUUGAAAGGAGUAGUACACGAGUUUGUCGUGGAUGACGUUUCGCAUUCAAGAAAAACUGAGAUUUAUGAGACACUGGAUGAGAUUAAUAAGCAGCUAAAGAUUGCUGGUUAUGUUGUUGAACUUUCAUCUGAGUUACAUAAGAUGGAUGACAAAGAAAAGGGGUAUGUGCUCUCUUAUCACAGUGAAAAACUGGCAAUUGCAUUUGGGGUUCUUGCUACUCCACCUGGUACAAGACUGAGAGUGGCCAGCAAUCUCCGUAUAUGUGUUGAUUGCCACAAUUUUCUGAAACUCUUUUCCGGGGUUUACAAUCGUGAUGUAAUUCUUAGGGACCAUAAUCGAUUUCACCACUUUAGGGGAGGGCACUGCUCAUGUAGCGACUAUUGGUAGGGAUAUAUGGGCUAGUGAUAGAGAUACGUGUCAAAUCAAUUACCGAGUGUUAAUGAAAUGAUUGUCAAGAGCCACUACAAAUGGACAUAGCUCCCUUUACGGCGGGUUUAUCAUAGAACCUUGGUGAAUAUUGCUUAAUUGAAAUGCAGCCAUAGCUACUAAAGGCGGUUUUAAAUUGUAUUUCAAGCUGUUGGGUGAAAGCUAACCAUUGCCUUUAUUCAAGUCUAUUAUUUCAUAGCACCAAUGCACCAGUUAGUCUGUAACAAAUGGUCUUAGCUGACUCAGUCUGAAUGUUCAAGGUAGAUCCUGCAGAAAGCACAGUAUAGAACACCUGCCAAACACCAAUUGCCUGAAUGCUAAACAUGAAACCUGCUAUCUGAGAAAGUUGGUGUUGCUUUUUUUUUAGAAAAAUUUUGUAGUGAAGGAGGGCUAUUUUUGGAUUAGUACAAAAAUAGUGAUUAGUGUCAUUUGACCCGAGACAUGGAAGGUUCGUCCUCUAGAACUUAUUGAAUUUGUUUGAAAAGUGUCGUUCCGCGUAUACUGACUAUACUGAGCAUCAGCAAUAACCCAUUUUUGUGGAGUCAAUGCAUUAUUAAGGAAACAGCAACAAUGCAUUGUUGUAAUGCCAAAUGAUUUUCUAUGCAUUUGAUUCAGAGAACAUCUGUCAGUUUUUUUUUUCCCCAUUAAAUCAUUCUCACCAUUCUGGCUUGUGGCUAAAAAUAUAUCACAAUCUAUUUAAUUCUAAAUCGACGAGAUGCUUCGAGCAUAGCAAAUAUAUUACAGGAGCCACGUCGCUGUAGUUGAGUAACAACUGCAGAUAAUUUUGAGCCCUUAAAACACCUCGUUGUGCAGUUAUUUUCAAACUGAAGACUUUUCUAAGUGCAGACCAUUUGCAUCCAUCUAUUAAAGUGUCCAUUGAUCUAGCGUUGAUGACUAAAGCGUAUCGCAAGUUCAAUCAGGCAAGCACAGUUAAUUAAAAUCUGCGCGUGUAAAGGAAAACGUGCGUAGAUUGUAGAAGAUUCAACAACAUAAUUGUUAGAACUGGUAUCCGUCUCAGAAAUUGGGGCCU